AUGGCGGAGGCGGCGCCGCUCCUCCCUGGCCUCCCCAAUGACAUCACCAUCUGGGAGAUCCUGCUCCGCCUCACCCCCAAACCCCUCCUCCGCUGCCGCGCCGUAUGCCCCGCCUGGCGCCGCGCCACCUCCGACCGCGACUUCCUCCUCGCCCACCACGCCCGCCAGCCCGCCCUCCCCCUCCUCUACGGCGACACUGACGACCUAUUGUCCAUGGACAUCAUCACCUGCGACAACUGGGCAGCCGACAAGCUCCAGUCCCCGUCGCGCGAUUUGACGACGCCUCUUGCUUCAUUCCGUAAGAGGGGUGAGAGGCGCCUCUCCAUCUGCAACCCAGCCACUCGUCAGUAUGCUCCCCUCCACCAGCUUCGUGGCUUCAAGCUCUUGGGGAUGUACCCACACGGCCCUACCGGCGACUACCGACUGUUGCUCUACCUGAAAGCUGAUGCUCAAAGUAGCACCUAUGUCUUCACAUUAGGCUCUGGCCUGCCGCCGAGGCACAUAAGGGGCCCUGACGCCAAGGAAUUGGAAUUGAUAAACUCCCGUGGAUCUCUCCUUUUCCAUGGUAGUUUGCAUUGGCACGCAGACAACCUGAUAAUGGUAUUUGACACCACCGCUGAGUCGUUCCGGCAGAUGCACUCUCCGAUUGUUUCUGGCCAUGUCAUUGCUGGCCUGUUUGAGAUGGGUGACAUGCUUGCCAUGUUCAGCCUUAAUGACGAAGAGACCAUUGUUGAUAUCUGGGUGAUGCGGGACUAUCAAGGCCAAGUCUGGGCCUCCAAAGGCUGGGUUGAAUUUCCCAUUCAAGAGCUCAUGGCGCAAUCUGAAGAUCUUGGUAGCUGCUGGGAAGUGGAGGCCACAUAUUGGGAUGGUGAUCUGCUGGUGCUGGCCAAAUUUGACAACGGCUCGCUACAUCAGGUUGACAUCGCUGGCAAGUUGGUUGACAGUUUCCGUCACAGACUCCUCUGUCCUACCCCACUUCGGCUGAAACAAUCUCUAGUUUCACAUACCUUCUUUCCGGCACUAGAGGGUUAUGUUGUCAAUGCUCCGCCUUUCAUCUGA